AACCUGCUGGGUAAGUUUGAAAUGAGAGACAUGUUUAAGGAAGGAGACAUUAUGAUAGGUGGAGUUUUUCCUAUAUUUAACAAACAGGACAAUGUUCUUACUUCAUUUGAAAACAAACCGCCAAAAGCCGAAUGUAAAGGAUUUGACUUACGAGCCUUUCGCUGGACUAGAACCAUGAUGUUUGCAAUAGAGGAAAUAAAUCAAGAUGAGAAAUUGCUUCCUAACAUCACACUUGGGUAUAAAAUUUUAGACUCUUGUGCAUCUCCUAUUAAUGUUUUGCGAGCUGCCCUCACUCUGGUGAGCAUGUCAGAGGAAAAUAACUCUUCCAACUCGACUCAAUGUCAUCCACCUCCUCUCUCUGCUGUUGUGGCUGAAUCAGGUUCUACUCAGUCUUUAGUUGUGGCUGGGACAGUUGGACCAUUCAGAGUACCAGUGGUGAGUUACUUUUCAACAUGUGCAUGUUUGAGUGACAAAACAAAAUAUCCUACAUUUUUCCGAACAAUACCAAGUGACUACUACCAAGCAAAGGCUUUGGCUUUCCUCGUCAAACGUUUUGGAUGGACAUGGAUUGGAGUUAUACAGUCUGACAAUGAUUAUGGACGAAAUGGGAUAACAGCAUUCACUAAGGAAGUGGAGGCUCAUGGUGUAUGCAUUGCAUUUGUUGGCACAGUUUUGCGAACAUAUCCCCAAAGUAAAAUCCUUGAAGUUGUUGAACUGAUAAAGCACUCAACGGUUGAAGUGAUUCUUGCAUUUGUACCAGAGGGAGAUCUCUAUCCUUUAAUGAUAGAAGUGGUGAAACAGAACAUUACAGGAAUACAAUGGAUUGCAAGCGAAGCCUGGAUAACUGCAGACCGACCAUCCACUCCAGAAAUGUUUAAAUCUUUUGGAGGAACAUUAGGAUUUGUGGUCCGAAAAAUGGCCAUAACCAAACUGGGACCAAUUCUGAAAGAUAUCAGCCCUUAUAAAGAUUCAGAAUCCAGUUUUGUCUGUGAUUUCUGGGAAACAAUUGUAGGAUGUAGGCCUUCAUCUUCAAUAACUGAUUUUGGGAAUAGCACAAAAACUUGCUCAGGAGCUGAAACAGUAGAUUAUACAAACAAGUUCUUUGAUGUCACACAACUUAGAGUGGCCUAUAAUGUUUAUCAAGCAGUGUAUGCAAUCGCUCAUGCAUUACAUCAGGUUCUGUUUUGUGAAAAACCUAAGACCAAUGUCUCGAAACUGUGUCUUCCUCUGUUACAGAUAACCCCAAACCUGGUAAGUGAACAGUUGAAAAAAGUACAUUUUGUGGAUGCGUUUGGAGAGCUAGUGUUCUUUGACAAGAACGGAGAUCCACCUGCCUCAUAUGAAGUCAUAAACUGGCAGCUGAGAGACGGUCAAGUGCAGCAUAUUCCAGUUGGUCAUUUCAGCACCUCUGCAAAUGGACAAUAUGAACUUGUGAUAAAUGAAGACAAGAUAGUCUGGAGAACAGGAAAUUUGACUCCAAAAGCUGCUUGCUCAGAAAUCUGUCCACAAGGCACAAGAAAAGCACAAAUUAAAGGUUUACCUCUGUGCUGCUUUGACUGUAUCCCAUGCGCUGAUGGCUCUAUAUCAAAUACAACAGGAGCAACAGAUUGUAUCACCUGUCCUGAGGAGUACUGGUCUAAUGAAAGAAAAGACAGCUGCAUCAUGAAAAUAACAGAGUUUCUUUCAUACACUGAAACAAUGGGGAUUGUUCUAAUAGCCGUGUCACUAUUUGGUGCUUGUUUAGCAUUAUGUACUAUGGUGGUAUUCAUAUAUUUUAGAGACACACCAAUAGUUAAAGCAAAUAAUUCUGAGCUGAGCUUACUUUUACUUCUCUCCCUUAUAUUUUGCUUCCUCUGUCCACUCACAUUCAUUGGCGAGCCCACGGUUUGGUCCUGCAUGUUACGUCACACAGCAUUUGGCAUUGCCUUUGCACUCUGUAUUUCCUGUAUGCUGGGGAAAACUAUAGUUGUGGUAACUGCCUUCAGAGCAACAUUACCUGGGAGCAAUGUGGCAGGAAAGUUUGGACCACCUCAGCAAAGGGCCAUUGUGUGUUCAUGCACUGCAGUUCAAAUACUUAUUUGUAUUCUGUGGCUAAAUGUUGUGCCACCAUUCCCAGAUAAAGUUUUUGAACAACGCAGUAAAAAAAUUAUUUUAGAAUGUAACACAGGUUCAGAUGCUGCAUUUUAUGCCGUUCUAGGAUACAUUGGCCUUCUUGCUAUCGUUUGUUUGGUCCUGGCCUUUUUAGCCAGAAAGCUGCCUGAUAAUUUUAAUGAAGCCAAAUUCAUCACAUUCAGUUUGCUUAUAUUCUGUGCAGUUUGGAUCACCUUUAUUCCAGCUUAUGUCAGCUCUCCUGGAAAGUAUACAGUAGCUGUAGAAAUAUUUGCAAUUUUGUCUUCAGCUUUUGGCCUGCUGAUAUGCAUUUUUGUUCCAAAAUGUUACAUAAUUUUAAUCAAGCCAGAGAGAAACACAAAAAAACAUGUAAUGGGGAAAAAUUCAAAGUCUACUUAA